CGAGUAUGGAGUGCUCAUCUUCGCCCGCUCUCAGCAGGUGGUUGUCAGGCUGUGGGCUGUAGAAGUCUAUGGUUGCAGGUCGAGAGGUCAGCACCCGGAUAGUCAUAGGUAUACUCGAUCAUCCCUUUCAGUCGUCCUGCAUCACCCGAGCUUCCAAGAACGCAACGCAGAGGUUGUAUCGCACAGGCGACAAUACAACAGCUCGCGCCCACGCCGUGGACACCUGCGACUGUGUUGGCUGUUGGCUGUUGGCUGCUGGCGCCGUUCGCACGUUGUCACUCAUCGCUUACCUUUGCUUACAGCGAUGCCUCAUCGGACUUGGCACCUUCCGAACCGCUACAGCAGCUCGCGUCGCCUCAGGGCGCAACUCCUUUCCCUGGAUCAACAUGGAUACCUUCGCCACUUAUACACCUGUCCAUUCAUCUCAAUUCUGGCUGGAAGUGGAUGAUCUGUUCCCCAACUCCACUUCACGUGGCCCAGUAUCACCCGGCGAAAUAGAGGCGACAUUCGAUCUGCUCUUCAGUCUGAUCGAGUCAUCCUUUCAGGAGAACUUCACUCGACCGCACGAGGUCGAAAGCCUAGUGCGUCGAAUAUGUAGCUCCUCAUAUUUCAAGAGCAACACGGCAGCUGCUGAAGCCGUUUUGGUUGAGGAGGUGAUUCGGGCCAAGUCACCAGAUCGAUCCUUGGUCGCCAUUACCUUCGUGUUGGUCCUCGGACAAGAAAAUCACAGCAUUUUUCGAAGAUUUCAUUCGGAGCGAUCAUUCGCCUACGCUAUGAUACACAGGAUAUGGGCGGGCCAUUAUGCAGCGCAAUCGGAUCAACAAACGGAGCAGCGUGACUGGGACCCGGGGCUGCUGCCACGGAAUGGCCAUGUGCGUUCCACUUUCGGCAGUGAUGCAACUGUCUCUGGACGGCUUUCGAUACCACUUGGUUUGACGGGAUCAAGCACAGCUUCGCGCAAAGUGUCGAUGCAGCUGCGGGUACGCGCCGUGCGGCUCUUCUAUCAAGUUUGCAAGGUCCAAAAGCUCGACUCGAAAGAAUUGAAGACAAUCGACGCCACGUUCAUCAAUCAUCUCUUUGACCUCGUCGAAGCUACUAGGGACCAUGAAGACGAGGAAUUUAAUUAUCGCAUCAUUCUCCUGCUGAUCGCUUUGAACGAACAAUACAUGGUCUCGAGCCUAUCAGAUAAUCCUUCCAGCAAAAGUUUUUCCGGAACGACGUCCUCCAAUGGCCAUCCCCGUCCUGUCAACCUCGUGCUAAAUGUCCUAAAGGUCCGCUUGAACGCAUCAAAGACCUUUGGCGAAAAUCUAAUCUUCAUACUGAAUCGCACUUCAAGUCGUAUCGACGACGACCUCUGCGUUCAAUUGCUCAUCCUCAAACUACUCUAUCUGCUUUUCACAACUAAGGAAACCACAUUCUAUUUCUACACCAAUGACCUCAGGGUUCUUGUGGACAUCUUCAUUCGCGAGCUAUCCGAUUUGCCUGAAGAAAGCGAAUCUCUGCGUCAUACCUACCUUCGAGUGCUUCAACCCUUGUUGGCCAAUACCCAACUCUGCACAUACCCCUACAAGCGAAAAGAAAUACGCCAUUUACUGGAGAGCCAGAUUGCUCAUGGGCGCGUUCGAGAAAUCAGCGCAACUACCGCAAGGCUGGUGGACAGAUGCUUGAAGUCAGAGUGGUGCGUCACACUGGACGAGCAUGGGCAUGCAGCGGUCCAGGCGAUCGGGGGUGGUAUCCCACACACAGAGGCCGUCGAUGUCGGCUUCACGAAUGAGGGAGUGGCUGUGAUCACUGGUGCUUCUGACCGCACCGUCAGCGACAAGUCGGUUCCUGCCAACAUUCCAUCACUCUCCGCUGGACCUGAGGCCAGCGUGCAGUUCGAGCCAUUCAGCACCGCAGCCCUUGCCGGCCCAGCGCAUCGUUUCAUCGAAAAGUACGGCUGGCCAUCCAUGCCACACUCCGCACCGGCUACGCCUCCAAGAAGGGGCUCCUCGGGAGCCAGCGAAACUGUGGGGAAUCACAAAGGUGGGCUAUCUUUGUCCUGGUACAGCAGCAGCGAAGCCAUGUCACCGCAUUCCGAUGUACAAGCCAUUGACCGAUGGCAUUCAGCCAGCAAUGGAACGUCAUCUCCAAUCCACUCAUCGCACUCCUCCCAGCUUGAUCAAAUCAAACCCAGCAACGAGCACAUCAGCUCGGACCAUGUUGAUCAGCAAGACGACGAUUACUAUCCGGAAGCCCACAUCACAGAAGAUUCGUCGGUCCUAUCUGCUCUCCGGAAAUUAAAGGUAUCAAAUAUCUCGAGGGAGGCGCUGAAUCGGGCAUCAAUGGACCGGUCAUUGUCCACCCCUUCCCCCACACCCGGCGCGCGACGUCGGCCCCCACCUCCACCUCCAGCAGCCAAAAGAACCAUAGCUGCUGCCUCUCGUUGACGCCAUUCCACGUUCUUGCUUCCACAACAUGACCUUUCAAUCAAUUUUUCGCACAAGCAUCUGUAUUUCUAGAUAGCAAACGCAUCUCAUGUGGUCAC